AUGCUGUCAUGUUCUAGCAUCAUAUGCUCGAUUUCUCUGGAUGCUGAAGAAGAAGAGGAAGAGGAAGAGGAAGAGGAAGAAAGAGACCUAUAUGGCAUGGACCGCAGGAGCCCAUCACCAAAGUUCUUUGAAGGAGCUUCUAAUUGGCCUCCUCUAGCUGCAGCUUCUGUAUCUAAUAACCUCUCUGUGGUCUUCUGUUCCUUUUUUCGUUUUCCGGGGGGGAAUGGUGAUAAUAAUCAGUUGCAACCGUGGGAGUUUUUGCUCGGAGCUGGGAAUAUGAUCUCAUGGAAUUCAUUCAUUACAGCCGUUGAUUACUUUGAAUUUCUCUAUCCAAACAAACACAUUGACAAGGUUUUCUCUGUGGCUUACAUGGGUUCAACGCUACUGAUGCUUGUUCUUCUGAAUUGUUGGCCUACUUGGAAACAAUUACCUUCUAGCCGAUGGGUUGACCGCAGGAAGCUUGAUCAGAGCCACCAGGGAACUGCCGGGACGUUACAUGCAGGCAGUUUUUGCAGGCAAUGCGUCUUCAGGUAUCAAAUUUCUGAAACUCGUCGGAGGCAGACUCCUGCACCAGAGUGGUUUUCGUCGGCAGUAAAAGCCUACACUGGACUGAUUUUUGUCAGACGUGUUAAUCUAGCCGAUGGGUUGACCGCAGGAAGCUUGAUCAGAGCCACCAGGGAACUGCCGGGACGUUACAUGCAGGCAGUUUUUGCAGGCAAUGCGUCUUCAGGUAUCAAAUUUCUGAAACUCGUCGGAGGCAGACUCCUGCACCAGAGUGGUUUUCGUCGGCAGUAA